UGUUUCCGGCCGGAUGAAGAUCCGUGACGGAACCCAAACAGCCACGUAGCUGGAGCAGGGAGGAGAGCGUCGGAGCGCCUCGGUAUUUACACCGCUUCUCCUCGAACCGUUUACAGAGACAGGUUCAUGAAAGUCCUCGGUGUAGCAUUACCAUGGUGCUGGGUGUAAGAGAGAAGACGGAGAGGACCGGAGUGUGAUUGAGACAGGGAGAGAGUGAGACAGCAGAGAGAGUGAGACAGCGGAGACGGUGUCCCUGUUCAUGGAUGUCGGAGCAGAACUGUACAAACUAGUACAAAGAUGGAGAACGGAGCACCAGCAGAGAUCAGCAGCACCACCACCACACGGACGAGCGGAGACGGAGAGACGAGCGCGGUGAAAUCAGGAGAGGAACCGCACGCUGACGAGAACAUCCCCAACGGUCACGCCGGAGCCGAGCCGCUGGAGAACGGAGAGGUCCGGGGCGAGGCAGGAAAUGGCAGCAGCUCCUCUCCCGUGUCACUUCCUGCUGCAGGUGUGGCUUGUUUCCCUGACAGCGUAGAGAAGCCUGAGGGCUCGGCACUGCAGUCGCUCAGACUAAGUAUCCCAAUGCAGGAGACGGAACUGUCGAGUGAGCCGUCUCUGGAGAUGGAGAACGAGGAGAAGAUCCGCCUGGAGGCUCGGCGGCGUCUGGAGGAGCAGCUAAAGCAGUACCGUGUUCAGAGACACCGGGAGAGGUCGCAUCAUCGUUCGUCCCCUAAGUCUCGUCCCUGCAGCACCCUCGACCCAGAGCUCAUGCUGCACCCGGACAUCUUACCGCGAGCCUCCACCGUCGCCAUGACGACAGAGUACUCGUUCCUGCGCACCAGCGUUCCCCGCGGACCCAAACUGGGCAGCCUGGGCAUCCCGGCUUCCAAAGACAGGAAGUCCAAAUCGUCACGAUCCGGAAAGAUCCAUUCGCUCGCCGACUACAAAACCCCAGACUCCGCCGGCGAGAAAGUUUCACAGUCCGGCGUCUCCGUCUCCGCGGUUUCCGAGAUGAACUCCGGCUCUGUCUCCACGCUGUCUGAGGUCAGCACCAGCUCCGUCUCCACACUGUCCGAGACCAGCGUCCUCGGCUCCGAAAAUGGCGGCAACGACGGAGCAGUAGAACUGGCUUUAGCGGCUAGCAGGGCUACCGCCGAGAAGGAGGACGUGGUCGUGGGGCAGUACCCCUCACUGAGGGAGGUGCUACAAGCGGCUAAUGAGGAGCUGGAGCUGGAGAAGGAAGGCGGGGCCAAUGAGGAGCUGGAUAGUGAGGGCGGGGCCGAGCCACGCAGCCGCAGGGACAGUUUCUCCAGCACUGUGUCGUACGGGAGCUCAGUGAUGGGGAAUCAUGAUGAGCUGCUACAGGUGUUGAAGGAGAAGAUGAGACUGGAGGGACAGCUGGAGUCUCUGUCCUCCGAGGCCAGUCAGGCUCUGAAGGAGAAGACGGAGCUGCAGGCGGAGUUAGCUGCGCUGGACGCGCGUCUGCGUGCUCAGUGUGAGGAGACGCGUGUGAGUUCGGAGCGUCAGGCGUCCCUGGCGUCGGAGGUGUCGUCCCUGCGCUCGGAGAGGGGCGGGCUAGAGCAGGUCGUGGCGGAGCUGCGGGGUCACCUGGAGGAGAAGAACGCCGGCCUGGAGUCGCUCUCCAAAGACCUGCAGCUCGCCGAGCAGCAGUACCAGAGACUCGUGGGCAGGGUGGAGGACAUGCAGCAGAGCCUGAGCUCUCGAGACACCACGGUGAGCGAGUUGCGUCAGCAGCUGACCGGACUACACGCACAGCUGCAGCAGGUGGAUGCUGAACGCGGCGCUCUGAACUCUCGGCUGCAGACGUCGCAGGCGGAGGUGCAGACGCUGCAGCAGCUGCGCAGUUGGUACCAGCAGCAGCUCGCCAUCGCGCAGGAGGCCCGAGUCCGGCUGCAGAGUCAGAUGGCCAACAUGCAGGCGGGUCACAUGACUCAGAUCGGCGUGCUGGAGAACCUGAAGAUGGAGAACGUCAGUCUGUCUCACCAGCUCACUGAGACCAAACACCGCUCCAUUAAAGAGAAGGAGCGCAUCGCUGUCCAGCUGCAGAGCAUCGAGGCGGACAUGUUGACACAGGAAGCAGCCAUCCAGCAGAUCCAUGACGCGAAGUCGAUGGUGGAGAGCGACCUGCAGCAGAAACUGGAGGAGUUCGAGGAGGAGCGAGAGCAGCUGCUGAAAGCGGCCAAUAAGAGUGCAGCACUCGAGAGGGAGCUAGAAGAGGUGAGAGUGUCUCUGUCGCAGAAGGAGGCUCAGCUCUCAGCGUUCCAGCGUGAACAUGUGGACCUGAUGAAGAAGCUGACGGAGACUCAGGACGCUCUGCAGGGCAAGGAGCAGGCGCUGCAGCUGAUGGAGGCGCGCUACGAGCAGCUGCAGGCCGAGCUGGUCGAGCUGCAGUCCGACUCCUCUGCCCGAAUCGAAGAGCUGCACUUCCUGCGCAACGAAAAGAUUGUCCUGGAGGUGGCGCUGCAGGCGGCGCGUGCCGAAAAGAGCCGGCUGAGCGACGGGGCCGAGAAACUCGGACAGGACGUGCUGGACUCGUCCGACGCGCUCGAGCAGCUCAGACAGGAAGUGCAGGUCCAAGCCACGCAGAUCGAGUCGUUACAGCAGGAGAACGUCUCUCUGAAGAAACAAGCACAGAAGCUGAAGGAGCAGUUCAACCAGCAGAAGGUGAUGGUGGAGGCGUACAGGCGAGACGCAGCCUCUAAGGAGCAGCUGAUCACGGAGCUGAAGGCGACCAAGAAGCGUCUGCUGUCGGAGGUGAAGGGGCUGAAGGAGGAGGUGCAGCAGGCGGAGCAGGAGAAGAGGAGCGCUGAGCUGGAGCAGCAGCGCCUCCUGCAGGAGGUCCAGAGCGUGCGGCAGCAGAUGAGUAGCCUGGAGGAACAUCUACAGGAGGUGCAGAGCGAGAGAGACCAGCUCGACACGCAGCUGCAGUCUGUACAGUUUGACCAGAAUCAGCUCUCUGCAGUCACCGAGGAGAACGAGGUCCUGAGGAAGAAGGUGGAGGAGAUGCAGAACGAGGCCAAGAAGGUGAUUUCGGAGCAGAAGGUGAGGGUGAAGAGGUUGGGGACGGAUUUGACGAGCGCGCAGAAGGAGCUGAAGGUGAAACACAAGGCGUACGAGAACGCCGUGAGCAUCCUGAGCCGACGCCUACAGGAAGCGCUGGCAGAGAAGGAGACGGCUGAGGCGGAGCUGGUGAAGCUCCGAGCGCAGGUGGACGAGGGCGGGAACAACCAGGCUCUGCAGGCGAAGGUGGAGGUCCUGCAGGCAGAGCUGAACACGGUGCUCCAGAGUAAAGCCCUGCUGGAGAAGGAGCUGCAGGAAGUGAUCAGUCUGACCAGCGCCGAGCUCGAGGAGUAUCAGGAGAAGGUGCUGGAGCUGGAGGACGAGCUGCAGGAGUCACGCUGCUUUAAGAAGAGAAUCCGCCGCUUAGAGGACGCUAACAAGAAGCUGACGCUGGAGCUCGAGCACGAGAAAGGGAAGCUGACCGGCCUCGGGCAGUCCCACAAUGCACUGCGGGAGCACGCUAACGUCCUCGAGGCUGCGCUAGCCAAGAGAGAAGCUGACCUGGUCCAGCUCAACCUGCAGGUCCAAGCCGUGCUGAAGAGGAAGGAGGAGGAAGACCAGCAGAUGAGGAACCUGGUCCAGACGCUGCAGGCUGCCCUCGAAAACGAGAAGAUCAAAGUGAAGGAGCUGAACGAGCAGGUGGCCGAGGCGAGGCUGGAGGCGGCUCAUAACCGCAGGCAUUACCGUGCGGCCGUGCUGGAGCUCAGCGAGAUCAGGAAGGAGCUUCAGACCAAAGAGGAGCUGCUGAGAACCCUGCAGGAGGAGGCCAGGAGACUCGAGGCUCAGGACGCUGAGCGCUCUCAGGACGUUUCCCGCUUCGAGGCCGAGCUGGCCGAGGCGCGCACACAGCUGCAGAUCUUGCAGAAACAGCUGGAUGACGAGCUCGACAAGCAACCGCUCACUAACCAAGAGGUGGAGGAUCUGAAGUGGGAGGUGGAGCAGAAGCAGCGGGAGCUUGAUGCACACCGCCACCAGCUGGAACUCUCUGAGAAGUGCAACCAGAAAGAGCUGGACACAAUGCAGGAAACACUGCAGAGGGUGCGGGUGGAGCUGGAGAUGGUGCAGGAGGAGCUGAACGGCACCAAGAAGGAUAAGUUUGUUCUGCAGGCGAAGGUGGGCGAGCUGAGGAACAGCAUGAAGAGCCUGCUGCAGCAGAACACGCAGCUCAAACAGGAGCUCAAACGCACACGCAAGCAGCAGCGGAUGGAGGUGAAGUGUGACUCCGCCCCUCUGACGCCGGUGAAGAUUCCGGAUUGUCCGGUUCCUGCGUCGCUAUUGGACGAGCUGCUGAAACCGGCCGCCUCGGUCAACAAGGAGCCGCUCAACAACCUGCACAACUGCUUACGACAGCUCAAGGAGGAGAUGGACAGUCUUCAGAAGCAGAUGGAGGAGCACACGGUCACCGUGGCGACAUGGGUCACGGCGGAGGAGGAGCUUCAGAGACUCGGUAUCCACGACGAUGGAAGCUUGUCCAAUAAGGAAGAGGAAACGCAGCCCGAGGAGACGGCGUCUUUGUGAGAGGGACACGUUUCAUCCCGACGCGCACUUUUUAAGGACCGGUUUUAUUUUUAUUUUUUUUCCUUUAUCAGACGCCCAUAUUUGUUCGUGUCACUUUUAUGUCUUUGUUGUUGGACCUAGUGCUUUAUUUGUUUGUGUUAUGUGUGUGUGUGUGUGUGUGUGUUUUUUUUCUUAUUUAAUGGUGUCUUUUAUUUAUCUGGUGGAAAGUUGGAGGACUGUUGCUAGAAUUCACCAAAAAAAAUUAAAAAAAAAUCAUCAUCAUACCAUGGGGUUCAGCGCUCGGACACGUCGGCAUUAGCGUUCCCUUCGGGACUAGGCUGCCUGAGUAGGAUGGAACUUCUGCUCGGGUGCGACGGAAUAAUAUCGUGAAACCGUGAUGAGUCGACGUGAUUGAUUGGACUCGCCCGGUCCGGUUCUGAUCCGAUCGCGCCCGUUCAAACGCGUCGGAGCGAAAUCGACUUAGCGGCGAUGCUGUUUGCGGGUCAUCGACGCCCGCCUGUCCCUGAGAUGUUGCCACAGUAUUAGUCCGAGUCCGAGUGUUGGCGCGGGUCGGGGAUUAAAGGGCUGAACAAAGCGUAAAAGCACCGUAUCCAUGACGACGGGAGCUCGUCCGAUAACGAAGAGGAAACCCGGGCGUGGCGAGACGGCGUCUUUUGGAAAUGUCUGUCAGUGUGAGGACCGCUUUUAUUUUGUUUCGUUUAUUUAUUAGAUUAUUUACAGCUUUUAUUGUUUCAUUUCGGUUUGUCGGACGCCCAUAGAUGGUCGUGUCCCGUACACGCCGUACCACGUGGGUGAGGAAUUAAAGGGCUGUAAAGUGCAAAAGCACCGGUUCCAGAAAAACCCCAAACUUUCCUCCCUCCCCGCAGUCGUGUUUCAGACUCGUCUGAAGCCCCGCCCUGAAGCCCCGCCCUCAGGGAAAGUCACCCCGGCGAUGCUCUCCUCACAACGCAACACUGUGCUGAAAGUUACAGGGUCGAGUCUCACUGGUGUUUCCCUUUCAUUCUUUUCUUUCUGCCUCUCCAUCCUCCUUUUCCAUCCCUUCAUUCCUUCUCUCUUUCAGUUCGCUGAAUUGCUGACACGCCCGCUUCAGUUCGCGCUGUAAAACCCGCCCACUUCUCAGCUCGUGAGAGAAAUUUAGCGUCUCUAAACGUGAGAGAAAUACAGCGUAAAGGGGGAAUAAAACCCGAGCGCUUUAAAGUGUGCCGUAAAUCCGCUCUCCGGGAUCGUGCCUACGUCUCGGAAACGUCUCGGAAUCCCAUAAUGCAAUUCACUGACUGUAAUCGAGUGAUUUUCUGAGUCUCCAGCGUCAGAAUGUUUAUAGCUGCUAUAACGUAAGCGAGAACUGACAUCAGACGUGACUGUAGACAGACGAAACAGCGCGUCGUUCUUUUCCUAACAGAAGCGUGUAAGGGUGAGUUGCUGUGGUGUAAGAGGAAUAAAACCCUCCGCUUCAUCACGCAGCACACCGCCGUCCAUCCUUUCCCUGGAGCGGCACCACACGCUGCGCUUUAUUCCUUCGUUUAUAGCGAGCAUGACGCUGAUAAACUCGGAUAUAUAUAUCGGAUAUAUAUAUCUAUCAGCUGCAGCGUCACUUUAAAGCUAUGGAGUGUAAAUUUGAUUCCUUGUUAAGCUUUAAAAAAAAAGAAUAAAUAAAUAGCGUAUGAACUUGCAGUCUUCUUAUUUCUGCACGUUUUAGUGUCGUGGUGUUUUUGUUUUCUCGGUUCGGUUUGUUCCGCCUCCUCGGGCGUGCCGCAGGAGGAAACCCGCUGAUCUGCGUACGACGUGACGUUCGGACUCGCAGGGACGAGAGCGCACGUCUUCACGUCUCCACCCACUCGUAUCUGACACGCAAUAAGUCGAAUCCUGGUGGGACGUGGAGUAACGCCGUUUUACGAUUCCUGGUGUGGACGGUCUCUCCGGCGCGGUGCGACGUCUCGCUUCGUUUAACGCCAAAAUGUUACUUCACUGUUUUGUUGAAUUCAAAAAAUAAAUAAGGAAGACAGAAAGUAAUAACCGUCAUGUUUGGGGGGGAAAUCAAUAAUUUUGUUAUUGUCGCUGUUUGUUGAACGUGCCGUAACUGACGAGUGUAAAUGUGUGUGUGACGGUGUGUGUGACGGUGUGUGUGUGAGAGAGAGAGAUGUAUUUCACUGCACCUUUUUUUCCUGGUUGAAAUUUUUAAAGACUACUUGUCCUGGCUGCGAUUGAGACCCGGACCGAAUACAUUUGGGAAACGCA